AUGGCCAUGGGGAGAGUAAGUCGACAGCACCGCACAUAUGGACUCAAAACUAAUAACGAUGAAAACGCCCGAGAAAAGUCCAAAGCAGCAGAAAAACAUCAAGGGUAUGGCAAGACGCCGGCUCCAGCUCCGCCGCCAGCACCGCCACCUAAGCCGCCAAGAUUCCCAAUGCCGCCAAGAUUCCCUAUGCCACCAGCAUCGCCACCUAAGCCGCCAAGCACCGCCGGACGGCAGAGUCCCAACACCACCUCCGAUGCCGCCGAAACCAUUCACCCCACCGAGACCACCGCCGCCGCCAACUCCGGCGCCGACGCCGCCGUACGGAAUGCCGCCACUGCCGACGCCGGAGUAGCCACCGACGCCUCCGAAAGAGGCGAAGUUCUUCUGGUCGGCAAGGCCAGCAUCGCCGGCCAAAGCCCUGGCCGCCGCCUGACGUCCGGCGAGAAGAGCGCAAAGGAACACCAAACUGAAAGCCCACCUCGCCAUUAUUAUCUGUCUCACUAA